AUGAAUGUCAACAAAGAUGAAUUAAUUGAGAUGCAGCAAAAUGAUCCAACAAUUUCGAACAUAUGCAAGAAUUUAUGCAACAGAACUGAAGGACCAUACAGCAAAAUAAAUGGAGUAGCUAUAAAGCAUAAGAAAAUAAGAAAUGGAAAUGAAGUGCUACAAAUAGUAAUACCUCAGCAAUUGAGAAAAAGCAUCAUUGAAACAUGUCAUGACAGUCCCUUGGCUGGACAUAUGGCUUACACAAGAACACUAGAAAAAAUAAGACACAACUGUUUCUGGCCUAAGAUGGAGCAAGAAGUGAAGGCAUAUACUAAGAGUUGUGUACAGUGCAUAAGAAGAAAUCCAAUCACAGGGAAACACAAAGCACCUCUACAAGAAACAGAUACAGUAGAGACACCAUUCGAAAAACUAGCCAUGGAUAUAGCUGAACUUCCAACUGUAACAGCUAAAGGAAAUAGAUACAUAUUAUCAUUCAUGGAUUUUGCCACACGCUGGCCUGAAGCUUUCCCAUUAAAACACAUUGAUGCAAGUACGAUAUGUCAGACGUUAUUACUAUUAUUUACCAUGAUAGGCUUUCCUAGAACCAUUGUCAGUGAUAACGGAACUCAGUUUAAAGCGGCCCUAACAGCCGCAUUCGCAAAGUUAACAGAAGUCAAUCAAGUCUUUAGUACAGUUUACCAUGCACAAGCGAACAGUAUUGUAGAACGUUGGAAUAAAUCUAUGAAGAUUAUGUUGGACAAAGUAUGUAUGGAAAACCCAAACAACUGGGAUGAGAUGCUACCAUAUAUAUUGUUUGCGUACCGUGAAGCCAAGAACGAAUCAACAGGUUUCUCUCCAUAUGAAUUAGUACAUAACAGAAAAAUGAGAGGACCAUUACAUUUAUGGAAGCAAAACAUGCUUGAGAUUAAAGAAGAAGAUUUCCCACUUAUAGUGAAGAACAAAAAUCAGUUAACAUAUGCGGUCAAAACGGCACAAGAGAAUAUUAAAAGAAGCACAAAGAAACACAGAGACAUUAAAAACAAAAAUAGAGUGUUAAGAGAAUUUGAAGAAGGAGAUACAGUUUACGUAAAAAUGCGAGAUGAGGAAGAAUUUUAUGAUGGUCCAUAUACUAUUGAAAAGAAAGUAGGAAACGUAACAUAUGAAGUUGAGAUGAAUGGAAUAGUGAGGAAAUUACAUGUCAACAAACUGAAAGGUAGCCCCAGAAGAGAACAUGCUAUGGUAGUACAAAGCAAUGAUGCGGAAGAAUGUGAGAUAUUUGAAGAUGAGACAGAUAGCGAACUAAAUUUUUUUCUUCAUGCCUGUGCUGUAUCACAACAUAUUGAAACACCAGCAGCAAAUGAAGAGCAAGUAGAAAAUGUAUUGAGAGAGUACAAGGAUGUGAUUGCAAAUCAACUAGGGAGGACAAGCAUAAUUCAGCAUAAAAUCAGAUUGAAAGACUAUUCUGCAAUAAAGAAAAAAAACUAUACAAUACCAACAGCAUACUGUGACAAAGUUAAAGAAGAAUUAAAUAAGUUACUGAAGGAUGGAACAAUCAGAAGGGUAGAUGAACAAAGUGAAUAUGUGUCCCCAAUAGUAAUAGUCAAAAAGAAAGAUAACACUCUACGUGUGUGCUGUGAUUUUAGAGAAUUGAAUAGCAAAACAGUGAUUGAUGCAGAACCACUACCUCUACCAGAACAGUUGAUAGAAAAAAAAGGAAGCUCAGAAAUAUUUACCACUUGUGAUUUGAACCGUGGGUUCUGGCAAAUAGAGAUGGAGGAGAGAUCCAAAAAGUUUGCCGCGUUCAGCUGCAAUUUGCCAGGUCUAGUAGGAGUGUACCAAUGGAAUGUGAUGCCAUUUGGCUUAGUGAACAGUACGGCAACAUUCCAAAAAUGUAUGGCCAAGUUGCUGGAGGGAAUAGAAGAUGUAGUUUUCUACGUGGAUGAUAUCUGCAUAUUUUCAAAAACUUGGGAAAAUCACAUUAAAACUCUCAAACAAGUAUUAAAUAGGCUGAGGGAGAACAAGUUGACUAUAGCCCCUGAUAAACUACAUAUAGGGAAAACUAAAAUAGAAUUUUUAGGCUAUGAAAUAGGAAACAAACAAAUAAGGCCUACUAGAAGCAACCUAAAUAAAAUAAUGCAAGUUAAACCACCAGAAACUAAAAAAGACAUUCAAGCCAUUAUAGGAUUAUUUAAUUUUUACAAGAAAUUUAUUAGUAACUAUACACAAUUAAUAUCUCCUCUUUAUGACUUAUUAAAAGUAAAGAACAGCAACAAGGACACAUAUAAGAAAAUAAUUGCAGCUUCUAAAGAAUGUAGAGAAGCAGUAGAUAAACUCAAAGAAAUAUUUAAUGAUGAUAAGAGAUUACAUAUACCCAGUAAAGAUAAAGUAUUUGAAUUAUACACAGACGCAUCUGACACUGCCAUAGGAGCAUGUCUUAUGCAGAGAGAUGAUAAGAAUAAUCUGGUCCCCAUAGAAUAUCUUAGCAGAAGAUUAUCCAGGGCAGAAACAAGAUACAGCACCAUAGAAAAAGAAUGUUUAGCCACAGUGUGGUGUACACUGCGACUAAAAAGACAUCUGUUAGGCAGAUUUUUCCUAAUAUUUACAGAUCAUAAACCAUUAACCACUCUAAAUGUUAAAGCAAAUACUAAUAGUAGAAUUACAAGAUGGACCAUGAUCCUAGCUGAUUUCCAUUUUGAAAUAAAACAAAUAAAAGGGAAAGAUAAUGUUAUUGCUGAUUUUAUGUCCAGAUAUAUUCAAGAUAAUCAGAAUGACUUAGAUAAUGAUCUAUGUCAUGUUAGUCAAAACUUGUAUUGCUAA